GUCACGAAUUGCGUUCCGUGACGGAGCGGCUGUUCGGUUCGGAAUUCGGUCGCAACGAGUCACUGUCCAGUCGUUGGCAGUCGUUGGUGUCGAUCCGUCAGGAAAUCGUGAAUCAUUCAGUCGUGCUGCGUCGUGCUACCAACCACGCGAUAGCCCAACUGCGCACAAUUUGACGUAUCGUGAUAAUUCGUCUUCGGACUAGCGGCGUGACGAGGCGUGAAAGCAUGAAGGAGAUCCUAGUCGCGCUCAGCGCGAUUCUGGCUGUAGCUGCAGCUGGAGUGGUCAUAACUGCAGAGCCACAACCUCUUUUAGGUAAAGAUGAAUGUACAUGGGGUCCAAGCUACUGGUGCGAGAACCUAAAGACAGCUAAGGGAUGCAGCGCUGUCAGUCAUUGUAUUCAUCGAUGGGAAACGAUGGAAGUCCCGGAGGAUAAUGACGAUGUAUGCGGAAUUUGUAAAGAUAUGGUGAAACAGGCGCGGGAUCAACUGGAGAGUAACCAGACUCAACAAGAUCUGAAAGAUGUCUUUGAAGGAAGCUGCAAGCUAAUUCACAUUAAGCCAAUUGUUGAGGAAUGUAUCAAAAUUGUGGAUCAAUUUAUCCCCGAACUUGUGGAGACGUUGGCAUCGCAAAUGAAUCCGGGUGUUGUUUGCUCCGUCGCAGGACUUUGUAACAAUGCUCACAUUGAUAAAUUACUUGCAGAGCAUCAAAUUUCAAUGAAAAAGGACGAAACAAAGUCAGUCUUACUAAAGAAUGACGAACUUGAGCCUGACGAGUGCACCAAAUGUUAUACGAUAGCAAAAUACAUGGAAAAUAAAUUGCAUCGUACACCACAGAACACAAUGCUCCUACAAUUUUUGAAUAUUUGCGGUCAAUUUGGUUCUUACUCGGAUUCCUGUUCGGCUAUCGUUAUUAAUCAUUUUGAUACCAUUUAUGACCAUCUACAGAAUAAUUUCAAUGCAGAUAACAUAUGUCAUUUGUCAGGACAGUGCAGCGACAAAUAUCACAAACACGAAAAUAGUACACUUCUACAAGUAGAGAUAACCCCACUGUCGAGCGUAGGCAUGGUUGAAAUUCAAGAUGAUCUUCCGUGUAAGCUGUGUGAGCAACUUGUGGGUCAUUUGAAAGAUCUAUUAGUUGCAAAUACAACGGAAGUAGAAUUUAAAGAAGUUCUCUUGGGCCUUUGUAAACAAACUAAAUCUUUUGCCGAUGAGUGUAAAGCCAUAGUAGAAGAAUAUUACGCGGAAAUUUAUGAAUAUCUUACAAAGGGAUUGGAUAGCAAUAUCGUCUGUCAAAUUUCUGGAAUUUGUCCUAGUCCUGACAAAGAGAUACAGGGACCAAUUUCGCCACUGGUUCCAGUAGAAGUAGCAAAAAUAGGAAUGGAUAUAAUGAGGAGAGGAGAAUCUCGAAAAGAGGAAAUUGAAGUUGCUAUUGGCAAAGAGCAUCCAAAAUCGGAAGCUGAAGAGAUGCAGCUACCACUCGAAAGAAUGAUGCCUUUUCCUUUACUACAAUCAGAAAGCGCUGGUGGAACGCAAGCUUGUACAUUGUGCGAAUAUUUGUUGCAUUAUAUUCAAGACACUAUUACUAAUCCUACAAAUGAGGAGAAAGUAAAAGAAUUUUUCAAAAAAGUAUGUACAAAGAUACCAUCUUCCAUUGAAGGUGAAUGUCAAGAAUUUGUAAAUACUUAUGGGGAUGCUGUUGUGGCCCUACUUGUUCAGGAAAUUGAUCCAUCACAGGUUUGUUCUAUGAUACGCAUUUGCCCAUCAGAAGCAUUAUUGAACAUGUGGCAAAAAAUUCCUAAAGAGUUCAUCCUUACAAAAGUAGAAGAUAAACCAAGUUGUCCGCUUUGUUUGCUUGCGGUAACGCAAGUUUAUGAUGUUAUCAAGAACAAUAAAACUGAGGCUAGUAUUGAAGCUGAAUUGGAUAAAUUAUGUAAUCAUUUACCACGUAGUUUAACCGAUCAAUGCACAGAAUUUGUGAAGACAUAUAGUAAAGAACUCGUAGACAUGCUAAUUGCAGAUAUGACACCCCAAGAAGUGUGUACCUAUCUUCGUUUGUGUGACCCAACCAAAGAUCCUGGUCCCAAACAUAACUUCAUUCCUGAGAAGGGUGAAGAGAUAUUGACUAAUGAGAUACCUGAGUAUCCAUUACAUAUAAUUCAGCCUACGAAUAUCUUGGACGAUAGUGUGUGUAUAAUUUGUGAAUUCGCAAUGCAAUAUAUUGAUAAAUCGAUUGGUAAUAAUAAGACACGGGAGCAGAUCGAAAAAGUGGUACAUGGUGUAUGCAAUUAUUUACCAAAAACUGUUGCUAAAGAAUGCAACCAGUUUGUAGAUGAGUACGCUGAUGCCUUGAUAAGUGUCCUCGCAGAAGACAUUACUCCUAAAGAGGCCUGUACUGUGCUAGGUCUUUGCAAAGUGAAUAUGGUACAGAUUCAAGAAUCUAUAUCUGAAUGUGCCUUAUGCCGAACAAUUAUAUCACAAAUCGAUAAGUUGUUAGGUGAUUCAAGGGUGGACGCUGAGAUCGAGGAAGUUGUUAAGAAGGUGUGCAAAUAUGUACCAGCGAAUAAGCAAGAUAUGUGUAACGAGAUGGUGGACAUUUACGGGCAAAGUAUAAUAAAUAUGCUGAAAGCUCAUAUGGAUAGUGAAAAAAUGUGUAAGAAAAUAGCUUUAUGCUCUUCCAACGAUUACUUUGCGAUGUCGUUUAAGAAUUUGCACGAAUCACAAUCAGUUGACGAACUUAAAAAAUGCAUAUUGGGCAAAGCGUUCGUAUGCAGAAAUGAUGAUACAGCGAGACUUUGUAACAUGAUGGAACAGUGCGAAGACUAUCGCCAAAAUGGUGAACUUGCAUAAGUCUUGUCAAUUUGCGGAUAACACAAGCUGCAAUUUGGAGGCGAACCUAAGAAGUGAGAACAAAGAGUGAUGCGCAAUGCUCCUCAAUUGGAAGUAUCGGAUUUCUGGAGAUAUUAGCCAUAGCGAAUAGCAUAUUUCAUGUUAUGAUAUUAUAUAUGAUCUUUUUAUUAAAUCUAAUUACAUUUGAGCACUCGAAUAAUUUUGAUUUGUAUAGACACAAUUAAUGACAUUGCGAUGUUCGACAACUUAAACCAAAUAUUACGCGUAGUUUGCCGUACUUAAAUUACGUUGACAUAAAAUUUGUAAUUUUUAAUAGCGCCUUAAGAAUCCAUUUUCUUCAGCUGAAAUAAAAUAAGCUAUUUUAUAUAUAAUCGAAAUGAUGUAUUAAAAAAAUAUCAAUCCUGUCUCUCUACAUCUUUUUUCAAUUUAUUCAACCUGUAGUAAAUGAUCUGUUAUUUUUAACUGUGAUAAUGGUAAAAUAAAUAAUAAAAAAUGUAAUUGUUGACUGUAUAUGAAUUGUGUAUUCCUAAAAAUGUAUGAUUUAUAUUGUAUUUUUUUAAUAAAGCUAUUUCGUGUGUGAGAUA